AUAUCGCAAUGUGGCAAGCGUCGCCUGCGGCCGCGGGUCUGUUGCUAGGUAGAUUAUGUUAAUAUAUGCAAGGCAGCCAUCUCUGCAGCUACCAUUCAGAGGGAAGACCCACUUCAACCUUUUCCUAAAAAUGCUGAAAACUCUCGGGAAAUCCACACCCGAAGCUUAAGCGCGGAUUGAGACUCGUAUCUCAGUGUUUGAUGAGCGGCGGAUAGGUGGAGGAGGUGUUCGGUCUCACCUCAUACUGUUGCUAUGGAGGCCAAGCAGGAGUCCUCACCUGUGUGGAGUUCAGCACCCAACAAUGACACUGGAAAUACACCUCAGGUGCAUUUUGAGAGCAGUGCGGUGGCUCAGAUCGUGUACAGCGGAGAGCAGUCUGACCGCGCUCAGCAGCAGGUUGUAUAUGCUGCAGACGGAAGCUCCUACACCUCCGUCGAGUCGGCCGAACACACACUGGUGUACAUACACCCAGCCGAUGGAACGCAGGCGGUGUUUACAGAUCAGCCCCAAGUGGCCUACAUUCAGCAAGAUGGCACAACACAACAGGUGACUGUGUUGCUACCCAGUGGUCAGAACAUGAACACUGCAAAUCUGCACGUACUGAGUAAUGUAGCUGAUGGCCCACAGGCGAUCCUGGAACCUGUGACACAGAGCCAUCUUGCUGUGACUAAUGCAGCUCUUCCCAACAUGCUGGAGGCCUCGUCGAGUCCCCUGGGGGCCACCGAUUCCACUGUGGAUUCAGAGGAUGAGGAAGAAGACAACGAUAGCGACGAUUCUGAAAUGGACGACUGGGAACCCAGGACGCCCCAGCCGUUCACCCCUCAGAACCUCUGGUGUGAAGACUGUAAUAAUGCUAAUCCUGGAGCAUGUAUAAAGCACGGCCCUCUGCACCCCAUCCUCAACCGCCCUGUGAUGUCCAAGGCUCGGGCCAGUCUUCCUCUCGUCCUGUAUAUCGACCGCUUCCUGGGCGGAGUCUUUACCAAGAGGCGUAUCCCCAAACGCACACAGUUCGGUCCUAUAGAGGGGCCGCUGGUGCGACAGAGCGAACUGCAGGACACGCACAUCCACCUGAAAUUAUACAUGCUAGACCCUGAAAAAGAAGGCGAGAGGACAGAGGACCUCUGGUUUGACCUGACCGAUGAAGAGCGAUGUAACUGGAUGAUGUUUGUUCGACCGGCCCAGAAUCACUUGGAGCAGAACCUGGUGGCUUAUCAGUACGGGUCGGACAUUUUUUACACCACCAUUAAGAACAUACAGCCCAAACAGGAGCUUAAGGUGUGGUACGCUGCAUCAUAUGCCGAGUUUGUCAACCAGAAAGUUCAUGAUGUCACAGAUGAAGAGAGAAAAGUUUUACGUGAGCAGGAGAAGAACUGGCCGUGCUAUGAGUGUAACAGACGCUUCAUGAGCUCAGAGCAGCUUCAGCAGCACUUAAACAUGCACGACGACAAGCUGAACCUCAUCCAAAGGUUUGAAUACCACGCGAGUGCAUUGUGUCAUUGCUCCCAAAUUCAGUGUAAUCGAAGCGAUUCCUCAUCAUCCUGCUUGGAUUGUUCACCUGGUCGUCUUCUCAUUUCGAAAGUGCCCAUUCCUCCAUGCUUUCUCUCUUCCCUUACCCAGAAUGCCGCUCUCCAGCAUCUAUUCAUCCGUAAGUCCUUUCGACCCUUUAAAUGUUCUCAGUGCGGGAAAGCCUUUCGAGAUAAAGACAAGCUGGACCAGCACAUGCGGUACCACGGGCGGGAUGGCUGCCGACACAUGUGCCAUCAGUGCGGUAAGGGCUUCUUGUCGAACGCUGCGCUUGAGGAUCACCUGCAGUUGCACUCUGAUCAGCGCACCUACUCCUGCCUCUUCUGCGCCGAGGCCUAUGACAGAUUGGACCUGCUCAAAGUGCAUGUGCAUGUUCACCUGGUCAACGGCUGCUUUUCCUGUCCUUCCUGCAAGAAAACCUUCACAGACUUCAUACAGGUUAAGAAACAUGUGAGAAGUUUCCACUCAGAGAAGAUCUUUCGGUGUACGGAGUGUGAUAAAGCCUUCUGCAGGCCUGAUAAACUACGACUCCACAUGCUUCGCCACUCUGACCGCAAGGACUUCCUGUGCUCCACCUGCGGAAAACAGUUUAAGAGGAAGGAUAAACUACGGGAGCACAUGCAGAGGAUGCACAACCCUGAACGCGAGGCCAAAAAGGCGGACCGCAUCCACCGCACCAAAGCUCUGAAACAGAAGGAGCCCACCACCGACUUUGAGAGCUUCAUGUUUAAAUGCAGACUAUGUAUGAUGGGCUUCAGGAGACGAGGGAUGCUGGUGAAUCACCUUUCUAAACGACAUCCUGAGAUGCGAUUGGAGGAGGUUCCUGAGCUGACGCUGCCCAUCAUUAAACCCAACAGAGAUUACUUUUGCCAGUACUGUGAUAAGGUGUAUAAAAGUGCCAGUAAGAGGAAGGCCCACAUUUUGAAGAACCACCCCGGGGCAGAAUUGCCCCCCAGCAUCCGGAAGCUGCGUCCGGCCGGGCCGGGAGAGCCUGACCCCAUGCUGAGCACACACACGCAGCUGACCGGCACCAUCGCAACUGCACCGGUGUGCUGCCCGCACUGUGCCAAACAGUACAGCAGCAAGACAAAGAUGGUCCAGCACAUCCGUAAGAAGCAUCCGGAGUAUCAGUACAACAGCAGCAGCAGCAUCCAGGCACCUCUGGCUGCUACCGUCAUCAGCAGCACUCCUGCUGUCAUCACAACAGACGGCGCUACUGCAGAGGCCGUGGUGACGACCGAUCUGUUGACCCAGGCCAUGACGGAGCUGUCCCAGACCCUGACCACAGACUACCGCACAGCACAAGGGGAUUUCCAGAGGAUCCAGUACAUCCCAGUGUCUCAGGCAGGAGGAGGCCUGUCACAGCCACAGCACAUACAGCUGCAGGUGGUGCAGGUGGCCCCGGCGUCCUCUCCUCACUCUCAGCACUCUACAGUAGAUGUGAGCCAGUUACACGACCCUCACAGUUACAGUCAGCACUCUAUUCAGGUUCAGCACAUCCAGGUGGCUGAGCCCACGGGGACGGUGCAGGCCAAUGCUCAGGUUUCAGCUCAGCCUCUAAGUCCCUCCUCUCAGCAAGCGGCUCAGGAGCUUAGCACGGCCCAGCUGACCCCUGUGACCCUCGCUCAGGGCCAGACUCUACAGACGUCCACCAAUCAGACGCAAGGUGCUGCACAGCAUGCGUACCUACCCAGCAACUGGAACUACAGGAGUUAUCCAUCUGAGAUCCAGAUGAUGACUCUUCCUCAUACUCAGUAUGUGAUCGCAGAGGCCAGCGCCCCCGUCACUGCUGCUGUCAACAGCAGUCAGGUCAAAACGACACAUUAUGUGAUCUCGGAAGGACAGACGGAGCUGGAUGGUAAGCAGGUGAAUGUCCCGUCCACCACAGGGCAGGUUCACCCCGACCCACUGGAGCAGCCGGCCAUCAGUCAGCAGACCACCACGCAGUACAUCAUCACCACCACCACCAACGGGACAGGGGCCAGUGAAGUUCACAUCACCAAACCCUGACCCUCGAUCACACAUGAAGAAACUGAUUCGUCAGCUUCAGCUGCAGAGUUACUUUAAAUGAACAGAUUUCGGAUUUAUUUUCUUGAAGAGUUAAAAAGAUGAAGUGAAAUAGUGAAGAUGUUUUUGUAUGAAAUAAUCAGAACACUGGAGUGGUUAACUGUGUUUCUCUAGACACCCAAAAAUACCUAAUUGUGUAUGUUUUCAGGAACUAUCAUGACUUUUAACAUGUGCCAUCCUGCCUUUUAUCUUAAUUUUGGUCUAUUUUUCCCCCUCUUUAUUUAUUCAGUAAAGUAUUGACAGAUUCUGCAUUUUCAUACUUGAGUUAGACUGAUGAGAGACCUUUAAAAG